AUGAGAAUUGUGGUCAUCGGUGCAGGACCAACCGGUCUCGGUGUAACCUAUCGUUUUCAUCAAUUACAAAAUAAUAAUAUGGUUGUUGCUAAAAAUGUUGAAUUAGUUGUGCUAGAAAAGGAGUUAUCACCUGGUGGAUUAAGUCGUACAGUUAUGGAUGAAAAUGGAUUUUUCUGGGAUAUGGGUGGACAUGUCACUUUCGAUCAUAAUUUGCCUUAUUACAAAGAGGCAAUAUGCUGGGCGGUCGAUGAAUGGAAUAUUCUGACGAGAAACUGUCAGGUUGAUAUCAGCUAUAUGUUCAACGAGAACGGUUUGCAUCUUGUACCAUAUCCAAUACAAUAUGCAGUAACAAUGUUUCCAGCAAACAUUAAAAAGAAAUGUCUGGAUGACCUGCGAGAUCGAUGUAAAGGACCGAAGGAUACAAUUUUGCCAAAAAAUUUUGAUGAUUGGAUCAAAAAACAUUUCGGGCCAACACUGAGGAAUUACUUCUUCAAGCAAUAUACUCAGAAGGUCUGGACUGUAAAUCCGGAUCAGAUGAAUCCGGUAUGGGUUGGAACUCGAAUUGCUAAGAUGCCUUAUGAAAAACUGGAGGAACUUUGUGCUAUGAAUGAAAAAGAUUUGAAGGCAAUUGACAUUGAUGUUAAAAGUAAAUUAAUUACAUAUGAAAAUGAACGACGGGGAACGAUAAAACUUAGCUACGAUGUGCUUAUCAGUACAGAGCCUAUUGAUCAACUAAUCAAACACACUAAAUUAUGUCAAGAACUUGAUUUAAAAUACAAUAAGGUGUUUGUAAUUGGUAUUGGUCUAAUAAAGCCAAUGAAUCAUAACGCGGAGCGAUUCACCUGGCUUUAUUUUCCAGAAAAUACUGUACCAUUCUAUCGUGUCACCUUUUUAUCACGUUAUGGUGAAAUGACACCAGAUAAUGAUAAAUAUUGGUCGGUACUAUGUGAAUGUGCUCGUGACAUUAAUGAUAACGAUGUCACUGAGAAAGAAAUAACAGAAAAAACAAUUGAAUGUCUGAUCCGGAAAUCAAUCAUUUCACGUGAACAAAUUGUUAGUCUCUUUUCAAUAUUGUUGCCAUAUGGAUAUCCUAUACCAACCAUAAAUAGAGAUGAAGAGUUAACUCGUGCUCAUCGAGUUCUCGAGAAGCAUGAAAUAUAUUCGAGAGGUCGAUUUGGUGGUUGGAAAUAUGAAGUGGCAAAUCAAGAUCAUUGUUUCAUGCAAGGAAAAGAGAUUAUUGAUAGAAUAUUGUUGGGCGAACCAGAAACAGUGUACAAAAAUGGAUUAUCACCAUCUUAA